ACAGAGCAGUGGUUUAUGCUGAUCAAAAAGGAUACACCGUAGAGCAUAUUAAUUAUGAAGUUCGGAAAAGAGUUGGCGUCACAGAUGGUGCCGGAGUGGCAGGACGCCUACAUGAACUACCACCUCCUCAAGUCCAUAUUGAAAGAUAUCGAAUCCAACACAGAUAGAGAGCGGAAUUCCAACAGGACCUCCACUUCAAGAACGCCGUCCAAGUCAAUGACGGGCACCCAGAAGCGGAAGGGAUCCGCUGCGUACAGGGACUUCAGUGGGCUGACCCGUCGACACAAUACCAAGGGAUCAUCUUCGGUUCCUGAAGAGGAACAAGUGAUUCUGGUGAACAUGGUGACAUCAGGGGAGGAUCAGAAUUCUGAGACGAGCAAAUACGAGACGAUGUUCCUCAUGUCGUCAGAGGAAGGAGGGGAGUACGAGCUUCUCUUCUUCCACGCACUGGAUGAGGAAUUCAAUAAGGUGCUCAAAUUCUACAAGUCUAAGGUUGAGGAAGUCCAGAAGGAAGCCAAGGAGCUCAACAAGCAGGUAGAUGCUCUCGUUGCCUUCCGUCUACAGGUUCACAAUAACAGUCCGAGGCUUGGAUUUGCAGCUGCUGAAGAAGAUGAAGCAGAAGCUCUUAGUCCCUCCUCCAAGGUCAACAACACUAGAACAUCUGGAUCUGGAAGGGCACAUAUAGACAUAAUAAAUGAAACUGAGUUGAGCAGUGAAGGAUGUCCAGAAGGCAAGGGCAAAGGAUCUAAUGAAGCCAAAACAAGCAAUCAGAAGAAUGUUGAAGGAAAGAGGAAUAGCACUAGUCGCAGGCCAACUCCAGCACAAGUCUUGGAGAAUUUCAAGAUCAAUGUCACAGAUGAAACUCCGUGGUCGAUACUUACGAGCAUGCUAGUGAGUUCGAACCAUGAAUCGACUUUCAGCAGAGAAGAGCUGAGGAAAAUUGAAGAACAAUUGGAGAGAGCUUUUAUUGAGUUCCACCAAAAGCUUCGAACAAUAAAAAGCUACAGCUUUGUGAAUAUCUUGGCAUUUUCCAAGAUCAUGAAGAAGUAUGACAAGAUAACUUUAAGGAGUGCUUCAAAGUCUUACCUAAAUAUGAUUGACAAUUCUUACCUUGGAAGCUCUGAUGAGGUUAGAAGGCUUGUGGAGAAGGUAGAGGCUACCUUCAUUAAGCACUUUUCAAAUGGAAACCGCAGAAAAGGGAUGAAUACUUUAAGGCCAAAAGCAAUAAAAAAAAAGCAUAGAAUAACAUUUUUCUUGGGCUUUCUUUUUGGUUGCUCCAUUGCUCUCAUAGCGGCUAUAGUUGUGCUUAUACAUGUAAAGGACAUCCUUAAUAGUGAAGGACGUUUUCAGUAUAUGGAAAAUAUUUUUCCACUUUACAGCUUGUUCGGAUUCAUUGUCCUGCAUUUGGUUAUGUAUGGUGCAAAUAUAUACUUUUGGAGACAUUACCAUGUCAAUUAUCCAUUUAUUUUUGACUUCAAUCAAGGCACAGAUAUAGGUCAUAGAGAAGUCUUUCUUCUCAGCACAGGGCUAGCAGUACUGUCACUGACUGGUGUCUUGUCAACCUUGGAGAUGGAAAUGGAACAAGACCUGAGAAGCUUCGAAGCAUUGAGGGAAUUGGUCCCUUUGGGCCUACUCAUUGUUCUACUUCUUAUAACUGUCUGCCCUGUUAACAUGAUAUAUCGUUCAACUCGCUACUUCUUUCUCCAGAGUGUACUACGCUGUAUGUUUGCUCCUCUUUACAAGGUUACACUCGCAGAUUUCUUCUUGGCAGAUCAGCUUACUAGCCAGGUGCAGGCCUUUAGAAGUCUGGAGUUCUACAUUUGCUAUUAUGGUUGGGGGGACUUCAAAAGGAGGCGCAACAAUUGCCAGCAGAGCGAUGUUUAUAAAGCCUUUUAUAUCAUUGUAGCAGUAAUUCCAUAUUGGAUCCGCUUCCUUCAGUGCCUCCGCCGCUUGUUCGAAGAGAAAGGCGCAAAUCAUGCAUAUAAUGGAAUGAAAUACUUGUCUACAAUUGUUGCAGUUGUCAUGAGAACAUCUUAUGAUCUAAAAAAGGGUAUGACCCUGAAGAUCAUGGCUGGACUUACUUCAGUCAUUGCGACAAUAUUCGGUACAUACUGGGACCUUGUCAUGGACUGGGGUCUUCUGCAACGGACGUCCAGAAACCGGUGGUUGAGAGAUAAACUCCUCGUGUCAGAUCACAGAGUCUACUUUGCAGCCAUGAUUAUUAAUGUCCUACUGAGAUUAUCUUGGAUGCAGUCAGUGCUGGAUUUUCAUGAAGCGCCUUUCUUGCACAGAAAAGCCUUAUCAGCCAUCAUGGCUUGCUUGGAGAUAAUUCGGCGGGGCAUGUGGACUUUCUUCAGGUUGGAGAAUGAGCACUUAAACAACGUCGGUAAGUUUCGUGCCUUCAAGUCAGUGCCGCUACCUUUCAACCAUGACGAGGAUGAAGAUGAGUAGGCGUUUGCAGGUUAUUGGAGAGAAGGUGGCAGAUUAAUGUCACCAACACAUGAAAAUCCAUGGGUCU